UUUAAGGUGGAACGGGAAAAUGUGGAACGAGAAAGCUGGCGAAUAGGAAGCCGACUUCAGCCUCGUUCACGCUCCUGCGUGAGGCAACAGGAAGUGAAUAUGAGUUAACACAUCAGCUUUAAACCAGCCUGCAGUUCCAGCAGAUGUGUCGGUGUUUCUGAGCUAAACGGGCAGAUAUUUUCCUAUUUUUCAGACCAGCUGGCUGCUUUAUUCAGCUGAGGCUCCACCGGAGAGCAAUGAACCUGUUUCUGCCUCUGUUCGCUCUGUUUACUGUCCUUCCGGGCAGCUGGGCGAGAUGUUUCUGCAAAGUCACAGGCAGCCUGGAUGACUGUGCCUGUGAUGUAGAAACUCUCGACAACUUCAACAACAGGAACCUCUUCACUAAACUCCAGAAGCUCCUCUCCUCAGAUUAUUUCAGGUUCUAUAAGGUCAAUCUGAAUAACCCAUGUCCGUUCUGGACAGACAGUGGACACUGUGGGCUCAGGGACUGCGCUGUUAAACCAUGCACUGCUAAUGAAGUGCCUGAGGGGCUGAAAUCCAACAAUCACAAGCCUUCAUUAGAGACCAGCAAACACACGGAGGAGUGUGAAAUGGCAGAGAAGCUUGGAGCCGUCAACGGCUCUCUGAGUGAUGAAACCCGACAAGCUCUCCUGGAGUGGAACAGGCACGACGAUGAGGCCGACCGGUUCUGCAUGCACGAUGAUGAAGACUCUCCGCAUGCACAGUAUGUGGACCUUCUCCUGAACCCUGAGAGAUACACUGGAUAUAAGGGUCCUGAGGCGUGGCAGAUAUGGAACAGUAUAUAUGAAGAGAACUGCUUCAAACCGUAUACAGUUCAAAGACCCCUGAAUCCCCUGGUAUCAAGCAGCGGUGAGAGUGAAGGAAAGGGAUUCUAUAGGUGGUUAGAAGGUCUGUGUGUGGAGAAGAGAGCUUUCUAUAGACUUGUUUCAGGACUACAUGCCAGUAUAAACGUCCACCUGAGCGCAAGAUACCUGCUGGCCGAUAACUGGUUCGAGAGGAAGUGGGGGCAUAACGUCACCGAGUUCCAGCUGAGAUUUGAUGAAGAGCUGACGAAAGGGGAGGGGCCUAAACGGCUCCGCAAUCUCUACUUCCUCUAUCUGAUUGAGCUCCGAGCGCUGGCUAAAGUCCUUCCUUACUUCGAGCGCCCCUCCUUCAACCUGUACACCGGCCAGCCAGAGCAGGACAGGGAGUAUAAAGAGCUGCUGCUGGAGCUCCUCCACAUGGCCAAAUCUUUCCCGCUGCAUUUUGAUGAAACCACACUGUUUGCUGGUGACAGGAAAGAAGCAGCUAAACUAAAAGAUGACUUCAAGCUGACGUUUAAAAACAUCUCCAGGAUCAUGGACUGUGUGGGAUGCUUUAAGUGUAGACUCUGGGGCAAGCUGCAGACGCAGGGUUUGGGUACAGCUCUGAAGAUUCUGUUCUCGGAGAAGCAGAUCGAGACUCUGCCAUCCAGCAGCUCCAAACCCUCAUUCCAGCUCAGCCGCCAAGAGAUCGUCUCACUCUUUAACGCCUUUGGGAGACUCUCCACGAGCAUCAGAGAACUGGAGAACUUCAGGACGCUGUUAUCAGAACUCAAAACUGAGCUGUAACCAGCAGCACAGCCUAAUCUGUUAUUGCACUGUUCCUCACUGUGGACUACUAACCUGGACCCAGACGGAGGAGUGAAGAUCAAGGGGGCAACCAAGGGCAGCUUGAAGUGACAGUUCAGCAAACAAAAUAAAAUGUACACAAU